AUGUCUACCUCCGAAUCCCCUGAAAACGCCACGGUUGUGGAGAUUGACGACAGAGUCUUUAUCAGAAACUUGGACUACCACGCCACGAACGAGCAAUUGGAAGCCUACUUCCAGGAAAAGGGCUACCAGUUGACAAGCGCUGAAAUCCCCAAAAAGGUCAUCACCAGGGGCGAGAAGACCAUUGAGCGUGCCUUGGGAUUUGGGUUUGUGGACUUUGCUUCCAAAGAGGAGGCCGACAGAGCCGUCAGUGAGGUGGACGGGACAGAAUUCAACGGCAGACCUAUCUCCCUCAAGAAAGCGCAUCCUAGAAAGGACCCGUCGGAGUUGCUCGAGAAAAAGACCAAGACCAAGGCCAAGAAGGCCCCUGUAGAAACCUUAGACCAGGAAGCUGCGCCAAAGAAAAAGACCAGAUCCAGAAGGGCUAAGAAGCCAGUUGAGGAGGCAUCAAAGCCCAAGAAAAAGGCUGUCAAGGUCCCUCUUUCUGAAGGCACCCCUUCAAAGGACACGGUCAUCGUCACCAAUUUGCCGUUCACCACAUCGGUGGAAGACUUGGUGCCAGUGUUUUCGCUGUUUGAGACGUUGUUCAUUCACGUUCCGGCGAAGCGUUUCCCUAGGCACGUCUUGGAGAAGAUGAAGGAGGAGAAUACGCCGGCCAGAAACAAGGGCUUUGCGUUUGUGAAGUUGGUGCACGAGGCUGACGUCAGCAAGUUGAUCGAGCAGUUCAACGGGUUUGAGUUCGAGGAGAGAACGUUGGGGUUGGAGGUUGCGGUUGAUAGGCUUCGGGAGACCGCCACUGAGGAGGUCCCAGUCGAGGCCUGA